AUGUCCCAAUCUCAACCUCCUCAGGAUCCAAUCCCAAAUCGUCUAAAGGGAUUAGUAUCCAUCAUAACCGGAGCCGCGGGGAAUAUCGGCUUAGAAUCUGCUCGACGAUAUCUUCUCGAAGGCGCAAAAAUCGUUUUGGUCGACAUCAGUUCGCAGGGAUUGGCUCAGUCAAAAGAAGAGCUGAUUAAAGCGAUCAAAGAUUUGCCAGAUGGAGAGAGACUACAUCCGGAUGAUCUAAUCCUUACCGUUCAAGCGGAUGUCACAUCUGAAGAAGACGUUCAGCGAUACGUCGACGAGAGUAUCCUGAAAUUCGGGAAGCUUGAUAUUGCACUGUUAUGCGCGGGCAUUUCAUAUUCGUCGACGAGUAUUCUGGAUACGGACGUCGAGCAGUAUGAUAAAGUGAUGCAAGUGAAUUGUCGAUCCGCCUUCUUGGGCGUGAAGCACUGCGGACGAGCGAUGCGAGACUCUGGAAAUGGAGGAAGUAUCAUCCUAGUCUCUUCCAUUGCUGGUCUUCGUGCAACACCUGGUCUAUCGGCAUAUUCCACAUCCAAGUUUGCUCUUCGUGGUCUCUGUAUCACUGCAGCUGCAGAGCUGGGUCAGCACAAUAUCCGUGUGAACACGGUCCACCCGUGUGGUGUCAAUACACCCAUGUUUCUGGCCGCUUGGCCCGAAGAGAAAAUGAAAAGUAUGCUGGCUACUGUACCUCUUGGUCGAUGGGCGGAGGUUGCAGAUGUUGCGGCUUUGGUAUCGUUUUUGGGGAGUGCGGAUGCUCGAUUUAUGACUGGCGGUGCUUUGAAGGUUGACGGCGGUAUCGUGACGUUUUAG